AUGAUUCACAACGAUGCGUUCGCGAGCCUGCCCAACCUUCUGAAUGUCCUUCAGGCUCAUACUGGUACCAAAUCAAGGCUUUUUCUUGGUGCAGCAGCUAGUGCCGUAGCCUUAACCAUCAUCCUGAAGCAGCUCAAUGUGAAACAACCCAAGCUCAUAACGGACUACGCGAAAGUAGCGAGAGAACUCGACAAUAGCGGACUAGAGUUUGAUGAAUGGGACUUCAUCAUUGUUGGAGGAGGCACGGCAGGAUGUGUUCUGGCAUCACGCCUCUCUGAAAACCCGAAUACGCGGGUUCUACUUAUUGAGGCUGGUGGAAGCUCCAAGGGUGUCGUGGAAAGCAGGAUUCCUUCUGGGUUCUUGCAACUAUUCCACACCCAGCGGGAUUAUAAUCUUUAUACAGAGCCCCAGCAGCACGCAGGCAACAAGAAAAAAUAUUGGCCUCGCGCCAAACUCCUCGGAGGAUGCUCUGCUAUGAAUGCUAUGAUGGCGCAAUACGGUGCACCAUCUGAUUUUGAUGAGUGGGCGGAAAUUGCUGGUGAUAAGUCUUGGUCGUGGACUAACUUCAGCAAGCACGUAGUUCAUCCCCCGUGGUCACUCCCUUCCGUUGAUCUCUGUUGCUUCAGAUAUUUUCGCAAAUUCGAGAAAUACAACCCAGACCCGCGCUUUUCACACGUUGAUCCCCUCCUUCGCGGUGCCAAUGGACCAGUUGAGAUUGGAUACAACGCGCACAUCUGGCCUGGCUGUGCAGGCUUUGUUCGGGCAAGCAUGAACGUCGGCAUCCCUUUCUCGCCCGACUUCUGCACGACCAAAGGGACGCAGGGGACAAAUAAGAUCAGUGAGUUCACUGGUAACUAUGAAUAUCAACAAUUUCCGAAUGACCAAUACAUAGUGACAUACAUCGAUAGCAAGAGCACUCGUGUGACUGCUGAAUCUGCAUACCUCACUGAUGACAUCCUUUCUCGUCCAAAUUUGACAGUCGUCACCUACGCCCGUGUCACCAAGGUUCUCUUUGACACUUCCAGUAGUAUCCCACGUGCAAUAGGUGUUGAGUUUGCCAGCAAAUCUGAUAUGGACAUAGUUGGACCCAAGUUCCAUGCACGGGCGACCAAGGAAGUCAUUGUCUCCGGCGGCGCCAUACACUCUCCCCACAUCUUGAUGCUUUCUGGCAUCGGUUCAGCUGUCCAGCUUUCACGUUACAACAUACCUGUCGUGCUUGACGCUCCCGGAGUCGGUGCUAAUCUCCUAGACCACCCAGCAGUCCCUCUUCGACUUGAGGGAAAGACAGGAAAGGGAUUCAACCAUCUUAUGCCUUACAACAUGCGCACGAGGUGCUUGUUCAUGCGAGACCUCCUGCGAUAUCAAUUGUGGGGCACUGGCCCAAUCGCUUCAAAUAUCGGCGAGGCUGUAGCAUUUUUCCGAUCAGACGAUCCCGUGCUUUUCCCGCCCGCGGAGUACAAGCAUGACAUCGAGGACGCCAACUCAGGCACAGAUGCGCCUGAUAUCGAGCUCAUCAUGUGUACUACUGCAGCACGCACACACAACGGACUUCUGGGGAAAGAAUUAGAGGUAUAUCAAAUACUUACUGUCUUAUUACGUCCCACAAGCAAAGGAUCACUCUUUCUCAAGUCUGCCAAUCCUUGGGAUAACCCACUCAUAGACCCUAGCUAUCUUGAAACCAAGCAUGAUGUUGAUGUACUUGUUCGUGGCGUCCGUACUGCCUUCAAAAUCGCACACACAGAACCCAUGUCCACCUCCGUCACCGAUGUGCACAGCACGCACCCUGGACUUGAUCAUCACUUCUCUCGUCUCAGUGAUGCAGAGCUUGUUGAUGUUAUCCGGGAUCGCGUGGAGACGCUAUAUCAUCCGGUAGGGACGUGUGCGAUGGGUCCGGGUGGCGUCGUGGACUCGAACUUACGUGUCCAUGGCACUCAGGGUCUUCGGGUGUGUGAUGCAAGUAUCUUCCCCAAGUUGCCUUCAGGACACCCGACCGGUGCAGUUCUCGCGACAGCGGAGAAGUUGGCUGAUGUUAUCAAGGCUCAAUACGCAUGA